AUGUACGGUCUAAAUGGAAUGUUUCUUAUUCUUGCUGGGCUCAGCUUAAAUAUCUUUGUUCUUUUCACUAUGUGUUGGACAAAUCGUGUUGCUGUCAUAAACGCCCGAGCACAGGAGGCAACAAGUACAAAAACAGAAUUCGAUGAUUGUACUGGAAGUUCCAGAAAAGGGUGUAAUUCGUUAAUCGACAUUAUGCUUAAUUGCAUUGCACAUGCUAAUAAACUGUUUCACGUGCCUUAUGUACUUGUACUUACUUCAAGUAGUUUAUCUCUCGCAAUAUUAAAUGGAUAUGUAGGAGUAAUGCUUGACAUCGCUUUAUGGAAAGGAAUGACAAGUUCACAAGGAUACAUUACUUUUGUAGUGUAUUAUUCAUGCACCGCUGUGUCAUGUGUAGUGGUAGGACUUCUCAAACAAAAGAAGGGAGUGAAUUCCUUGGUUUAUCCGAUUCUUUCUACCUUUUGCGGAUGUUGUGGUCAAUUGCUCAUAAUAUUUACAUCAAAAUAUGCCGUAUAUAUGCUCGGGACAGCUCUCACCGGCAUGACAUACGGGGGUGUUAUAGCUUCGUCAUUAUCCGUUAUUGUGCAAAUGGUCAGCCAAAAGCAAGUACCUGUGGCAGCUGGACUUUUUUCAACAUUAGCAGGACUAGCAUCGCUUGGAGUCGGACCAUUAUAUGGUAGUAUCCGAGAUAUCUCUGGUAGCUACAGGAGUGUCCUUGUUACAGUUUCAUGUGUACAAGCACUGUCUUCUGUUCUUUUUAUCAUUGCCUUGAUAACUAACAGACGGCGAAAGAAAAGAUUACAGAGUGACAGGUCAAAUGAGAUAAUCGCUUCAACAAGACUCUAGAGAAAAGACAGAUAUCACAAUAACACAGUAACACAGUGAUAAAUGUACAGAGUGUAAUUGAGAAAAGUCGUAGAAAAACGAAGUACACGGAAAUAGGACAUACAGAAAGGAGGAACACUGUAGCAACCCACGUCUCCUCCCAGUCCACUUUCUCCUGGGAACGGUUCGAGGCAAAACCAUCACUUGCUACUUCAAAUUAGCGUACUGAUGCCAAGCAUAACUCCUUUAUCACAAUCACCAAACCAAAUUUAUGUCCUAAAUUACCAAACAGUUUAAAUAAAAUUAUUUUAAGGCAGUAAAUUUGUGUCUAUGUUCAAUUUUCAUAUUAUGUUCAAUGAUCGGACACAUAUGCGUUUAGAUGUUUAUAUUUCUGUUCGAUUAUCGCAUACAAAUGACUAUUUUCAUGUUACGUUUGUUCGAUGAUAAAAAAAAUAUAUUUGAUUAUCGCACAAACUCUGUUUUUUACUAUUUAUAUGUCCAAUAAUCGAAGACAUAUUUGAUACAUUACUGUAUAUAUGCAUUCAAUAAUCGAAGACAUAUUUGGUACAAACUUCUAAAUGUGUGUCUAAAAAUCGAAGACUUAUUUAAUGCAUGCUACUAUAUGUGUGCGGUUAUUGAACAUAAUAUAAAAAUCGAAUAUAGACACAAAUCUACUGCCAUAUUACUUCACAACAGAACAAUAUCGUAACGAUCAGGGACACACUGAAAAGCGGAGAUAUUCUUAAUUAAAGAAAUACAAUGUAAUAUGGUUUUUUUUUAACAACUUGUCUCCAUAUUUGAAAUAACUGUGCGUCGAACAUAGUUCUCCAGAAAAUAUCAGAUAUUUUCUUUUAUUUUCUCCAAUAUGAUAAAAAGCAUAACAUAUAUACAUCAAAUUUGAUAAACUUUAUACACUCGAUUAGUAUAUACAUAAACUAAACUACUGUUUUAUGUAAUUAAUGUUGUACAAAAGUACCGUAUAAUAAUAAUAAAAGCACAUUAUUCGUAAAGAUUUAAUAUACUAACCCGUAUAAAGUAUAUCCGAAUGUUGAAGUCAAUCCACACGUUAUUAGACCAGAAAGUAUCUGACAUACUGCAUACUUCAACUUAAAUUUUAAUAAUUGCACUUUGACCUUAACAGUAAAUGCGAAAUCAGAUGUACUCAAAACUUAUUAGAAAAAAUACAUUAUCCAGGCCACUAUUCGUUAAAUGCAACUAUAAUUAUAAUGGAAUAAAUAGAACAACUGAAAUCACAUUUCUCUUAAAAGUGAUACUCCUUACAAGAAAAGCUACUUGUCCUUUUUAACUGAUACAGCGAUCGAAUAUAGAUUAUAAGAAUCUUUCACUGGUUGAAGAUGCGGAUUGAAAUAUCUGGUUCCAGGAUAAUUGUUUACUAAUAAACAAACUGUGGAGUGUUAUAUUACCC